AUGGACAUCAAAAACACAACAUGGCAGUCACGAUGGACAUCAAAAACACAACAUGGCAGUCACGAUGGACAUCAAAAACACAACAUGGCAGCCACGGCGGACAUCAAAACACAACAUCGCAGCCACGGUGGACAUCAAAAACACAACAAUGCAGCCACGGUGGACAUCAAAAACACAACAUGGCAGUCACGAUGGACAUCAAAAACACAACAUGGCAGCCACGGCGGACAUCAAAACACAACAUCGCAGCCACGGUGGACAUCAAAAACACAACAAUGCAGCCACGGUGGACAUCAAAAACACAACAUGGCAGCCAUUGUGGACAUCAAAAACACAACAUGGCAGUCACGAUGGACAUCAAAAACACAACAUGGCAGUCACGAUGGACAUCAAAAACACAACAUGGCAGCCACGGCGGACAUCAAAACACAACAUGACAGCCAUGGUGGACAUCAAAAACUACACAUGGCAUCCACGGUGGACAUCAAAAACACAACAUGGCAGUCACGAUGGACAUCAAAAACACAACAUGGCAGUCACGAUGGACAUCAAAAACACAACAUGGCAGUCACGAUGGACAUCAAAAACACAACAUGGCAGUCACGAUGGACAUCAAAAACACAACAUGGCAGUCACGAUGGACAUCAAAAACACUACAUGGCAGCCACGGCGGACAUCAAAACACAACAUGACAGCCAUUGUGGACAUCAAAACACUACAUUGCAUCCACGGCGGACAUCAAAAACACCACAUGGCAGCCACGGUGGACAUCAAAAACACAACAUGGCAGCCAUUGUGGACAUCAAAAACACAACAUGGCAGUCACGAUGGACAUCAAAAACACAACAUGGCAGUCACGAUGGACAUCAAAAACACAACAUGGCAGCCAUUGUGGACAUCAAAAACACAACAUUGCAUCCACGGCGGACGUCAAAAACACAACAUGGCAGUCACGGUGGACGUCAAAACACUACAUUGCAUCCACGGCGGACGUCAAAAACACCACAUGGCAGCCACGGUGGACAUCAAAAACACCACAUGGCAGUCACGGUGGCCAUUAUGUUACAUGAUUGUGCAAUCAUGGCUUUCUGA